ACAGAGUGGGCUGAAAUAUGGGGGUGGAAAACACCAGGAACAAGGGAGCAAUUUGUGUACAUAAGUUACUCGUCAUAAGAUUUUUGAUCUGACAUAAAGGUGGAAUCAAUGACUACGUUUACAUGGACAGCAGUAAUCUAAUUAUUCACCUUAUUCUGAAUAAGACAAUAUUAUGAUUAGGUGUUUACAUGAGUUGCUUUUAGAAUACUCCUUUCAUGUUCCUGUGUUACAUGUUCUAGAACAUAGAUCGAUUAACAGAACAUGUCAUUACGUCACCGCGCCACGCCGUCCGACGUUCCCUCCAGAAUUUCACGUAUCGACAUACAGUUCGUCUUCCUUAUGGUUUACAGGAGCAGACACACUGGUGAUGGGUGACGUGACGUACGGAGCCUGCUGUGUAGACGACUUCACUGCCCGAGCUCUCGGAGCGGACUUCAUGGUCCACUACGGACACAGCUGCUUGAUCCCCAUAGAUGCCACGGCAGGGAUCAAGAUGCUCUAUGUGUUUGUGGACAUCCAGAUGGACACGGCUCACUUCCUGGACACACUCCGGUUCAAUUUUCCCCCAGGGCACUCCCUCGCUCUCGUCAGUACCAUCCAGUUUGUGGCUGCACUGCAGGCAGUCAGUGCAGAGCUGAGGCCAGAUUACGAGGUUCUCGUGCCUCAGUGUCGUCCACUGUCUCCAGGAGAGAUCCUGGGCUGCACCUCCCCUCGCCUCGACAAGCAUGUCAAUGCCAUCAUAUACCUUGGGGAUGGACGAUUUCACUUGGAAUCAAUCAUGAUCGCCAAUCCAGAUGUCCCAGCUUACAGGUAUGAUCCCUACAAUAAGGUUUUCUCUCGGGAGUAUUAUGACCACGAGGCCAUGCGUGCUAACAGACUGCAGGCCAUAGAGACGGCGCGCUCAGCCCAGAGGUGGGGUCUGAUUCUGGGCACGCUUGGUCGCCAAGGCAAUCCCAAAAUCUUAGAGCAUUUGGAGGAGAAGCUGAAGGCACUUGGCAGGUCAUUCACCAGGGUGCUCCUUUCGGAGAUCUUCCCAAGCAAGCUGGCGCUGAUGGCAGAUGUUGACACAUGGGUUCAGAUCGCAUGUCCUCGUCUGUCAAUCGAUUGGGGCACGGCAUUCUCCAAGCCCCUGUUGUCUCCCUACGAGGCGGCUGUAGCUCUACAGCAAGCAGAAUGGCAGGAGGUGUAUCCCAUGGACUUCUACUCCAAUCAGAGCCUGGGGCCUUGGACCCCUAAACACCCAGACAACCAACCCCAGCGGACGACAAGCAAACAGCAGAAGGCAGACUCACACUGUGAGCACACUUUCCCAUGUGGCUGCCAGCGCAAAUGAACAGCGCACUCACACAGCAGCAGCCAAUCAGUGCGCAGCCUUACCAUCUGCAGGAGACAGCCAAUCGCAGGCCUGCGUGCACCUCUGUUGUCAGAGCAGAGGGGAUAUUGGCACACACAAAGCACUACAUCAAAUCCGUCCCUCUCAUAAUAUAGCAGGAGAGUGGUUCUGUGUGCCGAGGGUGAGAGAGAGAGAUGGAUAGAGUGAGAGAAAGAGAGAGAGAAAUGACCCUGAGAGCACGUUGUUUGUUUCAUAUCGCGUGGUGGCUUCUUAAAUGCAAUCUUCUUGUCUCUGUCCUAGAAAGAUCCUGCCAGACACUUUGCAUUGUUGACCUUCAUGCUUUCGAUUGAAAGCAAAAUUGAAAUGCUCUGAGCAAAACGAUACACUUUUCCCUUUUAGCUGUCAUCGAGAGGUUCAGUGAGACAAAUUGCAGAGCAUGUCAAACUUGGAGCACGUUGUGUUGUGUUUUACCAAACGCAGUAUUUAAUGCACAAAGCCAAAUUAAAUCUUAUAACUGCCAAACAUUUUCCUGAGUAGGCGUAACUGCAGUAUAACACAGGACAAUGCAGCAUCUCGUAUCUGGAUGUGAGAAUGCAGCAUUCUGUGACUGGAUUCCAUGUCUAGACUUUUUAUGUACUGAAAUAGCCGACUGUUAAACAUUACUGAAGGUCCUCUACAUUUAUUCAGUAACUUCAGUAGCUACUUUAUCAUGCUCAGGGUCACAUUGUAUCUGGAUCCUAUCGCAGAAACACUGGAUGGGAUGCCUUUUUCAGCUGUGCAAAAGUUUGUACACCCUUUCUUUCAAAUGAUGAAAUCAAGAAAGACAUUUGGUACACGUUUUACAGAUAUUCAUUCAUUCAUUAUGACAAAGAAUGAUGCAGUUUGCCAUUUUUACAUUAUGAUAAUCUUUUCAAAAAAUAUUAUGGCUUCACAGUAAAAACAAAUGAAAUUAUAAUUAAGAAUCCUUUUAAUGUUCAACACCUCUGCUCACAUACAUGUAAUUUGAAACAUUAUACCUGUAUUAUCUUUCUACAUGCAAAGUGUCUUGUCUUAACCCUGUGUUUAAAAUGAACAAAAAGCAAAAAAAAAAAAAGUAAUAAUAAUAAAAGAUUUAAUCU